UGCACAGAGAGCAGCGGAGGAAGAGGAGGGAGUGGAGUUUGGAUGCUAAAGUGGAGCCGAGCUGGACUGCUGCUUUUCACUCGAAAUCAACACAAGUUCUUCGAGCAAGUUUCUCUAAAGAAGUGGUGGAAUAGCUAAAAGAAAAAUGGAGCUCUCGGCAGCCCGGCUCAGCUUCCUGCUGUUGGACCUUUUGGCAGGCUUGGCUUGGGGUCUAGAGAUCACACCUUCUGGACAGUCAACAAUAGAAAAGGCCAGCGGUCAAAGUGUAAAGCUGGAUUGCCAGUUCACCUUGGCCCCAGAGGAUUCUGGACCAUUGGAUAUAGAAUGGAGCUUGCUGCCAUCAGACAACCAGAAAGAGGACAAAGUGGUGAUUCUGUACGCAGGUGAUAGGGCAUAUGAGGACUACUAUCCCCCCAUGAAGGGUCGAGUCCACUUCAACUCACCGGACCCAAAGACCGGCGACGCCUCCAUCAACUUGACGGGGCUGAAGUCGUCGGACUCGGGCACCUUUCAGUGUAAAGUGAAGAAAGCUCCUGGUAUUCAAAGCAAGAAGAUGCUGCUAAUCGUCAUGGUGCGGCCCACCGCGCCGAGGUGCUACACCGAAGGACCGACAGAGGAAGGCAAAGACAUUGUGCUGAGGUGCUCAAGUAGUGAGGGAACCAAACCGUUGCAAUACAGCUGGGAAAAGACCAGUGACAGCAAGCUGCUGCCUGCCUCUGCUAUAAUGGAUCCUGUGGGAGGGACCGUUAAUGUGAGGAAUGCAUCUGCCAGUGCAUCUGGUACCUAUCGCUGUGUUGCCAGCAACCGUGUUGGCUCAGACGAGUGUGUACUCCAUCUCAAUGUGACACCUCCCCCCAACACUGCAGGCAUCAUCGCCGGAGCCAUAAUUGCUGUUCUUUUGAUCCUCAUCAUUAUUGCCAUCAUCCUGUUCUGUUUUUGUCGUGUUCGCAACAAGAAGAAGUACGAGAAGGAAAUCUGCAACGAGAUAAGGGAGGAUGUGCCUCCUCCUAAGAGUCGUGUUUCAACAGCACGCAGCUUCGUGGGCAGCCAGCGUUCCUCCCUAGGAUCCAUGUCGCCUUCCAACUUGCACGAGUACGCCCUGAAGCCCCAGUACGACAAGAUCCCUUCAUCGGAGGAGUAUGAAAGGCCUCCAAGCCACGCCCCUCUGCCCCCGCCCACUGCUAUCAAGAUGGGUGGCCCUAACCUCAACCGCAUGGGUGCCAUUCCUGUCAUGAUCCCUGCCCAGAACAGGGAUGGCUCAAUUGUCUAGCGUGUCCCCUCUUCUCGAGAAGGGACUCUGCUUCGAGGGGAGGAACGAAGGGAAGAAGAUGGACACGAGCCAAUGAAGAUGGAGCAGAAGCUGUGGCGGGCUGACUCACCUUUUUUCCUCUUCAUUAUUUACAAAUGGGGAGUGCCCUCUUCUUAUGAAGACCUGGCUCUGAUGUGUGCUGACAAGAGAAUUAGUGCUGUACUGGAAUCACAACAGAGCACAUUAACUUUUUAUCAAAUGCAAAAAAAAAAAAAAAUCUUUUAUGCAUUUUAUGUCCUGGACUUUCUCACGCAAAAUAUGAAUUGGUGGGGAUAUAAAGUAGAACGGUCAAAUUGUAUUGUACAUACAUGAAUGCAUCUUGUUUUUUCUUUUUGUUUAGAUAUGUAGUUGACUUAUUUUCUUUAAUCUGUGUAAAAGUGUGAUUACAUGUCAGGUGACCCAAUCCUACUAGUUUCUUGGAUUCUUUCAUAUUUGAGAAAAAAAAACUAGAUGGUUCAUUAGAACAAAAAUGUGAUCUAAUCCUUGAUGAAGCUGAAAAGCUUUCAUAUAGGUCAGCUGUUUUCUGUUAAACCGUUACGCUGUCAUUUGAAAUACCAACUCUGGGUUUGGUUGGCUGUUAGCGAGGUGGCGGUUUUACCCACCACUGGUUGUGAUUGGUGGAUUAUUGCCUCUUGACCAAGCUUAAAAAGGGACCAUUGUCUAUGCUCCAAUCCCUCUUGAGGUCUUUGAUGGGCUGUAUUGGCCAGUAAAGGGCAGCUGGACAGCAAGGUUCAUUGAGCAAUCAGCUUUGAUUGUCUUUGACUGAGCCCCCAACACACACACAUACAACCUAAAUGACAGCCAGGAUAAGCAGACCACCUCAGUAACACACACAACAUGGCAAAUUAGCAGGACAAAAACACCAAAUCUUAAUUUAUUAUCGCUCUGUGCAGCAUAUGUAAUCCUCCGUAUUUGUUCUUGUUCUAUAAGGAGGCUGUAUCUUGAUUAACCUUGUUUCUGUAGUCAGUAUAAAUCCUUUCGAGGCUUUCGUAGCAUUAAUUGGAGAUUUAAAUGAAGGAUGUUAAUUACGGGGGCAUGAAGAAAGUUCCCACAGAGUGGAAUAAAUGUGUUGGGGCUUAGACUGUUUCUCUGCAUCUAUCUUACAGCCACUUUGGUUUGACCUGAAUUUUGGAGUCUCAGUGCCGCUUCUAUGACUUUAGGUUGCAGAUGCCAACCUUUGCAGUCUUUGGGUAAGUUUUCCUGCCCAGUCCCAUCCUUUACAACCGUUUCUUUUUUCUCUGAUGCCUUAUUCUCCUUAUUUUUAGCCUUACUUCUCCCUUCAGUUCACCUCCUGUCAGCUGGAUUCUGAUGACUUAUUUUGUGCCUUGCCGCCCCCGUUAAGUUGUGCCGACCACAUUGCCAGUCUGCUCUGUGCAGUAGCAUCGUUCUUCAUGGCCGUCACUGUCUUGAGAAUAAGUAUAAUCAUUGCACAGGGAGGCUAUUGUUGGUUUUCUCUUGCUGUGAUUGGGUCUGUUCUUGGAUUUUCCAUACCCCCACACCUCAUGUAAGAUUCUUAGACCUUGACUAAAUUUUUAACCUUUUUAUUUUUCUAUUUUUGUUGGCUUUUUAACUAUUGCCGUAAGAUUAAUUUCAGUGAUUGUGCUUUCUUUUAGACAAUAAAUGGUUCUGUCUGCAUAUAAAUGAGCUUUGACAGUAGCUGGUGAUGCUGAAUGAAUGAUACGAUGAUUAAAUGGACGUAUAUGUGAUGAUGUGCCGUAAAUAACGAAUCCGUAUCUAAAAGUUGGGACUAGUCGAUGCAGGCAGAGGCUGUUUGGUAUGUUUGGGAAUUUCUGGACUGUGUGUCGGUGUGUGUACGUAUGCAUGGGAAGUGACCGUGACAGCGUUGUGGAUCCUGUAAUUAAGAUUUAAUUUCAGUUAUUUGGUAACACCACGAAACGAGGGGCCGGGCUGGCAUAGACAAAGAAAAAUUACAUCUAUCAGUUCUACUUAAACUCUACUCUGAAUGCGUGUGAGAGAGAGGGCAGGUGUGUCGUAUUUUUUAAUCAGAAUGGGGGCCCUUGUAGAAAUCUAGUUAAUCAUCACCUGGCAGCAAAGUGUACAGAGCUCUUAGGGAGAUAGUCGUGCUACUGUCCCUCCAUGCUCGAGACAUCAUCAGCUACUACUAACAAUAUUAAUAGCUUUGAAAUGAGCGUACUAAUACUCUAUGAAAAGGUGCACACUGUGUGAAAACCAAUUUCUUUGUGUGUAUUUUUGUGCUGUAUUUUUGAAUAAUAAAAGUCUGUGAAAGGAA